AUGGUCGCGGCCUUUAUCGAGGAUAGCACGUGGCAUGGCGUUACAGAUCCAAAGAAGCGCAAGCAAAUACAGGAUCGGUUAGCACAGAGAGCCAGACGGAGACGGCUAGCUCAUCGGAGGCUUCAACAGACGGAGCCAAGCAGUCCUUCAGGCUCAUCUGAGCAGACAGACUCCAGCGACCCCAUGGGCUUCUCGGAGAGCAGCACUGCGGUCAACCCGCAGUCAACAUGUCCUAGCCCGGAGAAAUUCCCUACCAAUAACACCGCGUUCAUUCUUCUCCCAACUCCAGCUCGGGACGACCGUGUUAUCACCGAAGUCCCAUUGACUGUCUUUGCCGCACUAUACAAUACCGGUGCCAUGCUUGGACUCACAUGCGGCUGCGUUGUGCCAGCCAAGUCGGCGCCGUGUGCCCCCGACAUACCGGCAUCACUGCAUCCGUCGGCGCUACAGCUGACGACGCUGCACCAGACUUGGAUCGAUAGAUUCCCUUUUCCAAAGAUGCGCGACAAUAUGAUCAGCCUGAAUAGGAUCUUCAACGAAGAGGAGUUCCUCUGCGAUCUGUUCAACAUGCACAGCUUCGACAUUAAACCUGGAGGAGCCUGUUGGGAUCCUUCGGCUUGGAUCAUUGGUCGGGACUUCUCCAAGAAAUGGGGAUUCUUGUUCUAUUGA